AAAGGUUACACCUAUAGGUUCCGUAUUGUGGGGCAAUCCUACUCCACUAGUACCAAUAGGCGGCAUGGGGGAAGAAGCACUACACCUAGGAAUCAACAACACAAAAACUUUGUUAUAAAUACCCUUUUCCUUAUCGGUAUCGGGGCUAACAAGAAUGGUUGGGACAACAAACAUCCAUCUCGUUCGUACUUUGGGUACCCGUAUAACCAUCAAAGAUAGUUGAAGUGACUAAUUCCUGGAAAUAGGGGGCGUUGAGGACAAAGAAAUUGUUGGAGUUACCAUUUCCAUCUAGCACUAAUACGAUUGGUGUUAAGAAAAAAACUCUUGCGGGAAGGCUGGCUAGAAAUUUCUUGUAAAAAUACCAGCUCCUGUCAGUUCAUAAUGAGAAUAGUGAAAUUCAUAAUGAGAAUAGUGAAAUUUUAAUUCCAUGGAUUAUUUCCUUUAGUACUAUGCACAGAAGG